AUGAAAACGGAAUGCGCUGCAGAUGGACCGAUAAAGACGGAUGACUUACAUCAUUUGAGAGAGGGCGACAUUUUCGUAGAUUCCGAAAGUGGUCAGAAGUUCCGAGUGCGGAAAACUGCUUUACCACAGCAGUCUAUCGGAGGACCACAUGGAGUUGGAGAUCCGAAUGACCGAUCGUUACGUCGACUGGAAGCAGAUGUUUUAAUACCGAAUCGCAUGAAUGAACAGGUACAAAAAGUUGAAUGUCGCGAGUCACUUGAAGGUUGGAUUCCUUUGUGUUUUUGCAAUAAACUGCAAUCUGGUGCGAUGCAUAAAAAAAGAAGGCAGUUUUAUUGGUAUGAGAAAAUGCCGGAUAGAGCUAGAGCGCUACGAAACAUGUCAACUUGCGAAUUAAGUUUUAUGCAGUUUUUUUCGAAUUGUAUGCAGUACGAACUUGCAAUGUUCAAUGAUCCAUGGUUCCGUCAAAAAAUCACUGAUGAAUAUAUUAAAGAGCGAGCAGAAUUUCGUCGAACAGGAAAAAAUGUAAUGCAAAGAAGGUGGGAAGACUACUGCGAAUAUAAAAAGAAACGAGGUGAUUGGGUUGAUUUCGGUGACCAUAACAAAUAA